GUUGCCAGCUUCCCGAUUCCAUGAAGGUUAUCAAGGGGAGAGACCUUUAUAAAGAGUGAGAUCCAAUUCCAACUUACAGUAUAUUCAAGAACCAUCAUGAUGCCAACCUGGAUCCAAACCCUCUGUGUUCUGCUACUUACUUAUCCUCUUCUCUCAGAGACAGAUGCUUACCAGAGAUCAACAGUAUCAUCAGGUGCCUACCAGCGAACAACAGAAUCAUCAGGGCCCAUGUCUAUGAGACUUGCCAAUGGAAAGAGCAGAUGUGAGGGACGUGUGGAAAUAUUCUAUAAUGGAACCUGGGGAACUGUGUGUGACGACGCCUGGGACAUGAGAGAUGCUCAGGUGGUGUGUAGGCAACUGGGUUGUGGCAAUGCCAGUUCAGCCCUUUUAAAUGCAAAUUUUGGCCAAGGGAGUGGAGCCAUAAUGUUGGAUAAUGUGCAGUGCAGAGGCCACGAGUCUUUUCUAUGGCAAUGCUCUCACAGAGGACUGACACAACACAACUGUGGACAUCAUGAAGAUGCAGGAGUCAUCUGUACAGACCAUUCCCGGCUUUACACAACAGGCACCACUGUCCAGACUCCACAUUUCUCUACAUCAUUCAGCAAUGGGCCCAUGUCUUUGAGACUUGCCAAUGGAAAGAGCAGAUGUGAGGGACGUGUGGAAAUAUUCUAUAAUGGAACCUGGGGAACUGUGUGUGACGACGCCUGGGACAUGAGUGAUGCUCAGGUGGUGUGUAGGCAACUGGGUUGUGGCGAUGCCAGUUCAGCCCUUUUAAAUGCAAAUUUUGGCCAAGGGAGUGGAGCCAUAAUGUUGGAUGAUGUGCAGUGCAGAGGCCACGAGUCUUUUCUAUGGCAAUGCUCUCACAGAGGACUGACACGGCACAACUGUGGACAUAGUGAAGAUGCAGGAGUCAUCUGUACAGACCAUUCCCGGCUUUACACAACAGGCACCACUGUCCAGACCCCAGAUUCCUCUGCAUCAUUCAGCAAUGGGCCCAUGUCUAUGAGACUUGUCAAUGGAAAGAGCAGAUGUGAGGGACGUGUGGAAAUAUUCUAUAAUGGAGCCUGGGGAACUGUGUGUGAUGACCUGUGGGAUAUGAGUGAUGCUCAGGUGGUGUGUAGGCAACUGGGCUGUGGUUAUGCCAGUUCAGCCCUUGUAGGAGCAACCUUUGGCCAAGGGAGUGGAGCCAUAAUGUUGGAUGAUGUGCAGUGCAGAGGUCACGAGUCUUUUCUAUGGCAAUGCUCUCACAAAGGACUGAAACGUCACAACUGUGGACAUAGUGAAGAUGUUGCGGUCAUUUGUUCAGCACAUUACCAGCUAUACACGGCAACAGGCUCCACUGUCCAGACGCCGGCCUUCCCUACAGUGCACAGAAAUGCACCCGUAUUUAUGGCCUUGAGACUUGUCAAUGGGAGAAACAGAUGUGAGGGGCGUGUGGAAGUUUUUUAUAAUGACACCUGGGGAACCGUGUGUGAUAAUUUCUGGUAUAUAAGUGAUGCUAAGGUGCUGUGUAGGGGUGUAGGGAGCUGCUGUGGCAAUGUAGUUUCUGCCCCCAUGGGUGCUUUCUUUGGCCAGGGCAGUGGGCCCAUAACUCUGGAUGCAAUGAGCUUAGGAUACGAGUCCUCUCUAUGGCAGUGCCCGGAUUCACAUGACUGUGUCUAUAGAAAGGACGCUGGUGUCGUGUGUUCAGAUUUGCCCGGAUAUAUGGCCUUGAGGCUUGUUAAUGGGACCAACAUAUGUGAGGGGCGUGUGGAAGUUUUAAAUAAUGGAACCUGGGGAACAGUGUGUGAUGACUCCUGGGAUAUGACUGAUGCUCAGGUGGUGUGUAGGCAACUGGGCUGUGGCACUGCCAUUUCUGCUCCUGGAACUGCUUCCUUUGGCCAGGGCAGUGGACCAAUAAAUCUGGAUGAUGUGAACUGCAGAGGUUAUGAGUUCUCUCUAUGGCAAUGCCCUCACACUGGAUGGAAAUCACACAACUGUAUUCAUUCUGAGGAUGCUGGAGUCAUCUGCUCAGGCUACCGACCACCAACCACAUCUGCAGCAGGGGUCUCAGCUCACACGUUCCCAAGAUUCCCACAAUUCAAUGGAUCAGCUCACCCAUUUCCAACAUUCCCAGGAUUCAGUGGCUCAGCUCACUCAUUUCCAAGAUUCCCAGGAUUCAAUGGAUCAGCUUACCCAUUUCCAACAUUCCCAGGAUUCAAUGGAUCAGCUCACCCAUUUCCAAGAUUCCCAGGAUUCAAUGGAUCAGCUCACACAUAUCCAAGAUUCCCAGGAUUAAAUGGAUCAGCUCACCCAUUUCCAAGAUUCCCAGGAUUCAAUGAAUCAGCUCACACAUAUCCAAGAUUCCCAGGAUUAAAUGGAUCAACACACCCAUUUCCAAGAUUCCCAGGAUUCAAUGGAUCAGCUCACACAUUUCCAAGAUUCCCAGGAUUCAAUGGAUCAGCUUACCCAUUUCCAAGAUUCCCAGGAUUCAAUGGAUCAGCACACUCAUUUCCAAGAUUCCCAGGAUUCAAUGGAUCAGCUUACCCAUUUCCAAGAUUCCCAGGAUUCAAUGGAUCAGCACACUCAUUUCCAACAUUCCCAGGAUUCAAUGGAUCAGCUUACCCAUUUCCAAGAUUCCCAGGAUUCAAUGGAUCAGCUCACCCAUUUCCAAGAUUCCCAGGAUUCAAUGGAUCAGCUCACCCAUUUCCAAGAUUCCCAGGAUUCAAUGGAUCAGCUCACCGAUUUCCAAGCUUCCCAGGAUUCAAUCGAUCAGCUCACCCAUUUCCAAGAUUCCCAGGAUUCAAUGGAUCAGCACCCCCAUUCCAUCUAUUCCCACAAUUCAAUGGAACCAGUUUUCAGUGUGGUGAUAUAUUGACUCUGCCUGCCGGGAUGAUAGCAAGUCCCUUCUAUCCUAAUUAUGUGCCUAAUGCAUUUUGUACAUGGAAAAUAAUCACGGCACCAAAUAUGCAAGUGAAACUGCAGUUCCUUGUUCAAAACCUGAAAUAUUCCAGCAACUGUUCCUCUGACUCAGUGACGGUAUAUGAUGGAUUUCCUGAGAACUCCCCGGUCCUGGGAAAGAUGUGCGGAGGGAACAGAAGUCAGGUUUUCUACUCUUCCUCUAAUGUCAUGGGAGUUGUGUUCAGAAGCAGCAACGACACUCAACAAGGUGGCUUCAUUGCCCAUUAUACAAUCAGCCCAAAAAGCAACAACAUUGCAGUGGAUUGUGGAGGAAUUAUGACCAGUAAUGCAGGAAUCAUUGGCUAUCCUCUCAACCGCGCUUCAAAUCAAUCUACUUACUGUGUCUGGUACAUCAGCGUCCUCAACAAUCACAAAAUUAACCUAUUUUUUAGAGAAUUUAGGAUGUCUGAACCAUCACUCUGCAACUCUUCCCAUGUGUCUGUGUAUGAUGGAACACCACAUGGAUCUCGGUUACUUGGAAACCUUUGUGAGACCCCUGGACGGAACUUCGUGUCUUCCUCAAAUGCCAUGAGCAUCGUUUAUUCUGGUGGUGGCAUUGGAAGUGGCAAAGAAGUGGCGUUUAGUGCCUCCUACAACACCCAAUACAACCCUAACCAAAAUGUGACUCUUGUAUGCUCCUCUGAUCAUAUGGUAGCUCAAGUGUCUCUUUCGUAUCUGCAAACGCUGGGUCACUCCGAAAAUGAUGUUUUCAUCAAUGACCCAAUGUGCCGCCCUCGUAACUUGGAUGACUGGCUGGAAUUUAACAUUCCCUACAAGGGAUGUCAGACAGUGCAACAGGUAGAAAGGGACACCAUCAGUUACACUAACACCCUUGUUGCUCACCCACCUGAAGGAGCAGUGAUCACGCACAGCAAAAAAUUCAAACUGUCUUUGAAAUGCCAAAUGUACCAAAACACCAUAGCCAAACUAGUGUAUCAAUCCAAUGAUACUAUAGGGAAUACUUUAACUCAGUAUGGCUUCUUUCAUGCCAAUCUGGUCUUCCAUCAGUCUCCUACUUUCACAGAUCCAGUGAACCAUUUCCCAUAUAAUGUGAAGCUCGACCAGGACUUGUUCCUUCAAGCCAAGCUGGAGACCACAGACCAGACCCUUGUGAUAUUCGUUGAAUCUUGCGUGGCUGCUACAAACCCAUUUGACUUCACAGGAACAGUCUAUUAUAUAAUAAACAAUGGGUGCAGCAGAGUCAGCGGAUACCGAACGUACCCUUCUCCUUCUACAAACAUUGUCCGUUUUGGGUUCAAAGCAUUCAGCUUUCUCGACAGAUAUUCCACCAUCUUCCUGAAAUGUAAACUAGUUGUGUGCACGCCCAAUGUGUACCCGUCCCGCUGCUCUCAGGGCUGCAUUACAAGGAACAAAAGAGCGGCUAAUGCAGCCCACAAGGAGCUCCAUGUUGUAGCAGGGCCACUGAAACUGGUUUAACUGAAAUCAGCGGUCUGGCUACAGGUUUCCAAACUAGAUUGAUUCAUUUAUUUAUAUCAGGGAAGGGUUUUGGUUUGGGAUAUGGCCAUAUCCAAAUCCUUUCUUCACAACUUGGAUAUGGAUAAUAUUUAGUUCUAAGCCACAUUAAAUCCAGACCUAAAAUUCAAGUGUCUUUAAAGCUCUAAAUAUCUAAAAGCUAUGAUGGAUUUAGUCCAUCACUACAGUUUACCCAUACUAACACACU